AUGUACACACACGUAAGCGUGCAAAAAAAAGCAAUAUCUAUCUAUCUAUCUAUCUAUCUAUCUAUCUAUCUAUCUAUCUAUCUAUCUCUAAAUCAUUGUUUGGAUGGUGAAUAUAUGUACAUUCUCAUCCUUUCUUUCUCUCUCCCCUAUCUCAAUGUCUGCCUCUCUCUCUCUCUCUCUCUCUCUCUCUCUCUCUCUCUCUCUCUCUCUUCAACUAAACUUUUUCUUUCUUUCUUUCUUUCUUUUUUCUUUCUUUCUUUUCGUUUUUUCUUUCUUUCUUUCUCUUUCUUUUUUCUUUCUUUUUUCUUUUUUUCUUUCGUUCUUUCUUUCUUUCUCUUUUGUUUUUCUUUCUUUUUUCGUUUUUCGUUCUUUCUUUCUUUCCCUUUCGUUUUUCUUUCUUUCUUUCGUUCUUUCUUUUUUCUUUCUUUCGUUCUUUCUUUCUUUUUUCUUUCUUUCGUUCUUUCUUUCUUUUUUCUUUCUUUCUGUUUUCAUUCUUUCUUUUUUCGUUCUUUCUUUCUUUUUUUUCUUUUUUUCUCUUCAUCUAAUAGAUUGUGUUUCUCUCUUCUUUCUUUCUUUCUUUCUUUCUUUCUUUCUUUCUUUCUUUCCCUUUUCGCUUUAAUUAUGCUUUCUUUCUUUCUUUUUUUCUUUUUUUCUUUCUUUCUUUCUUUCCCUUUUCGCUUUAAAUAUUAUUCUUUCUUUCUUUCUUUCUUUCGUUCUUUCUUUCUUUCUUUCUUUCUUUCAAUUACAAUUCCUCUCUUGAAAUGUACAAGUUUUAUCUUCAAUUAUUAUUUCUUUCUUUCUUUCUUUCUUUCUUUCUUUCUUUCUUUCUUUCUUUCUUUCUUUCUUUCUUUCAAUUACAAUUCCUCUCUUGAAAUUCUUUCUUUCUUUUUACAUUAUUCUUUCUUUCUUUCUUCCUUUCUUUCUCUAUUUCUUUCUUUCUUCCUUCCUUUCUUUCUUUCUUUCUUUCUUUCUUUCUUUCACCUUUUAUCUGCUAGUUAUCUCAAAAUUGCAUUUUCUGCUUUCCACACUGUUUCUCCACUUUUAUACAUCCUUCUUUUUUUCUUUCUUGCCUUUCUUCCUUUGUCCAUAUCUAUCUAUCUAUCUAUCUAUCUAUCUAUCUAUCUAUCUAUCUAUCUAUCUCAGUCUAUUUUCUUUCUUUCUCAGUUUAUUGUCUUUCUUUCUUUCUUUCUUUCUUUCUUUCUUUCUUUCUAUGUCAGUCUAUUUUCUUUCUUUCACAUAAAUAUUCUUAGUUUCCCCAUAUCUAUCUAUCUAUCUAUCUAUCUAUCUAUCUAUCUCAGUCUAUUUUUGUUUCUAACUUUCUUUCUGUUUAUCUUUCUAUUUAUCUUAGCAUAUUCUUUCUUUAUUUAUUUCUUUCUAUGUCAGUCUAUUGUCUUUCUUUCAUAUACUUUCCUUAGUUUGUCCAUAUCUAUCUAUCUAUCUAUCUAUCUAUCUAUCUAUCUAUCUAUCCCAGUCUAUUUUCUUUCUCAGUCUAUUUUCUUUCUUUCUUUCUCAGUUUAUUGUCUGUCUUUCUUUCUUUAUUUCUUUCUUUCUUUCUAUGUCAGUCUAUUUUCUUUCUUUCAUAUAUUUUACUUAGUCUGUUCAUAUCUAUCUAUCUAUCUAUCUAUCUAUCUAUCUAUCUAUCUAUCUAUCUAUCUAUCUAUCCCAGUCUGUUCAUAUUUAUCUAUCUAUCUCAGAUUAUUUUCAUUCAUUCUUGAUAAUAAAAAGACUCCGGAAGAUAGAUAG